AUGCUCAUUGGGCUUGCCGUUAUAGGUAGCGUUAUUGUGGUUUUAUGCGUCACACAUGUGACUGGACGCCACUUAUUCACUUACGCUCUACAACACAAUAUUUUCAAUAUUCGGGAGAGAAAGUUCUUCCAACCACCAGAGCUUAGAGCCAGACAUGAACGGGUCGCUAGAAAAUUGGAAGCCACCUUCAAGGGCCACAAUGCGGAUCGAAUGGCGCCGGCUCAUCCGAUAUUCGUGAACGCUGUCCCGGAAGAUGAAAGAUUCCCACACGGAAAUGAAUGUCCAGUGUUUCAAGUUGCAGUAAACGGAGAAGUACGUUUUGUUAUUUAUUUUGUCUAA